GAGAGCGAGCGCGGUGGCAGGGGGGCCAACUGCUUCACACUUUCAACACUGCACUGAAGAGGGAGAGAGAGACUGGAGACGCACAGAUUCCCCCCAAGAUCUCCCAGAGCUACCGUCCCACAGAUUAUAGAACAGGACCCCAAAAAUCGAAACAGAGGAAAACGGACAGCGGUUGAACAUGGACGAAGGAAUUCCACAUUUGCAAGAGAGACAGUUACUGGAACAUAGAGAUUUUAUGGGACUGGACUAUUCCUCUUUGUAUAUGUGUAAACCCAAAAGGAGCAUGAAGCGAGACGAUAGCAAGGAUACCUAUAAAUUACCGCAUAGAUUAAUAGAAAAGAAAAGAAGAGACCGAAUUAAUGAAUGCAUUGCUCAGCUGAAAGAUUUACUGCCUGAACAUCUGAAGUUGACAACUCUGGGGCAUCUGGAGAAAGCGGUAGUCUUGGAAUUAACUUUGAAACACUUAAAAGCUUUAACAGCCUUAACCGAGCAGCAGCAUCAGAAGAUAAUUGCUUUACAGAAUGGGGAGCGAUCUCUGAAAUCGCCCAUUCAGUCCGACUUGGAUGCGUUCCACUCGGGAUUUCAAACAUGCGCCAAAGAAGUCUUGCAAUACCUCUCCCGGUUUGAGAGCUGGACGCCCAGGGAGCCGCGGUGUGUCCAGCUGAUCAACCACUUGCACGCCGUGGCCACCCAGUUCUUGCCCACCCCCCAGCUGUUGACUCAACAGGUCCCUCUGAGCAAAGGCACCGGUGCGUCCUCGGCCGCCGCCCCCGCCGGGGCCAAGGCCGCCCCCUGCCUGGAGCGCGCGGCGCAGAAGCUGGAGCCCCUUGCCCACUGCGUGCCGGUCAUCCAGCGGACUCAGCCUAGCGCCGAGCUCGCGGCCGAGAACGACACGGACACCGACAGCGGCUACGGCGGCGAGGCCGAGGCUCGGCCGGACCGCGAGAAGGAUUUCAUCUUCGGGUUCCUCAUGGUCUCCCUCUUUGUGGUCUCUUCUGUCAGCCUUGUAAAUGCCGACGUCUCUCCAGCUCCUGUCGCUUGA